AUGAUUUUGCGGAUAACAGCGGUUACGCUCUUGUUAGCGGUCUGCCUCAAUGAUGCCGUAGUCGUGAAGUCACGAAGAGAGGGCUUUGAUAGCUAUGGCCCUCCACCACCACCCCGACCAGCGCCACAGUAUGGUCCCCCACCGCAACAACAUCAGCCACAUCGCGAAUAUGGUGUGCCACAACAAAUACCGUUCCGUGAGUAUGGACCACCAGCGCUCAAAUAUGGGCCACCCAAGUUUAUUAGCGGUGGUGAUGUCGCCGGCGAGAUGCUACUACCGAAGCCACCGCCACCCUCACCCGCACCCGCACCGAGGUAUGCACAUUAG